GCCACAGCAUUAGCUGCCCUGAAAAGAGUUGGUGUAAUCCAUGGUGACGUGACGACAGAUAACAUCAUGAUGGUGGAUCGCGUGAGACAGCCCUUCAGAGUGAAACUGAUCGACUUCAGUCAGGCUAUGUUCAGCUCUCAAGCCAAACCAGGCAGGAUUCUCCAGACCCCCCAGUACAGAGCAGCAGAAAUAAUGUUGGGACUCCCUUUCUGUGAAGCCGUUGAUAUCUGGGCGCUGGGCUGUGUGAUGGGGAUCAUGAUGUUUGGCUUUGAGCUCUUCCCAACAACAACAGACUACGAUGCACAUUUCAACACAGGACCUGGUUGAUGAAAUUGCUUCCAGGAUGGUGGAAGGUGCUGGUUUGCUGGACUGCAGAAGAAGCAAUGACCAUCUCAGUGAAGCAUGUGGAGAGAACUGUUUCAAGAUGUCUGCAUCAUGGAUCAUCCUCAGUUGGACAGUGAAUAGCUUCUCAAGUAAACAACAGACACAAUGUUGACUGUAUGUGUCACUGUCCAGCAAGAGCAAGUUCAGACAGUGAGCAUGGUAGUGCACAUAUAAAGCUUACCCUAACCCUACAACAGCACCAAGGAAGGAACUUCAUCACUCAGCACUCAAUCACUAAUCAGUUCUCAAGACGUGCGGCCACAACAUGGUAGCUGCUGAGUAGUGAUCCAUGAAAUCGGAGAAAUAGUUUAUGUUAUUAGCUAAUGCUGAUUCUUUCAUCUGGCCUAAAGAGAGCAUGUUGCAGCCACAAAGAGCGCAGGGUGCGCCUGUCCCUGAAUAUCUAAUUGUACCUUGAACAGUCACAGAGCAGAGAGAUAUAAUAAUCCAUCUUUAGGAGAUUAAAAGAUAAAAGAUUCAUAUUUGUAUUAAUAUUUAAUGCCACAAAGGUUCACAAGACAUUAAAUAUAAUAAUGUUAAUUGUAUUUGUGUGUUUAUUUAUUUAGGUAUUUAGAUGUU